UGAUAACCUACAGGCGAAGGGAGUCGUAAGCUGAGCCUGAUCACGUUGCCCUUGUGAUAUAGUUUUAUUUUUAACUUUGAAACACUUGAACUAUGUCAGUUGACGUUUUCUCCCAUUCGCUUGCCUUUCCAGGGGAACUCGGGUCCUCUGCUGCGGCAGAGGCACUGGCAGCCACCUCCUUGAGACCUGCUUGCGCACCAUCUAAGAGCUGGUAGCUGCAGAUGCUGAGUCAGCUUGUACCAUUUAGAGUAGCUACUUGAAGGUGUGACUACUGAACACUUAAAACACAAUUGGCGUGAAGGAGGAAUUGCUCUAUUUUAUUCCAUUGUGAUCAGAUUGAAACAGCCACAUGUGGCUGACUACCACAUAGAACAAUGCAGAUUUCCAGGUCCACACGUGCCACAGAGUUAAGAAGCCAGACAUUGGGAAGCCAUGGGCCGGGUGCGCAGGCCUCCACCUGGGCAGCACAGGCAUUGUGAGGGAUGCAUCAACCGCCACUGCCAUGUUCCAGUGGAGCCCAGCGUCUCCUGCCGGGUGAUAAGCUGCCACCUGCUCUGUGGCGCUACCUUCCACAUGUGCAAAGAGGCAGAGCACGCGCUCCUCUGCCCUCUAGAGCAGGUUCCCUGCCUCAACUCCGAGUAUGGCUGCCCGCUCUCCAUGGCCCGCCACAAGCUGGCUAAGCAUCUGCAGGUGUGCCCCGCCAGCGUGGUCUGCUGCUCCAUGGAAUGGAACCGCUGGCCCAAUGUGGACUCCGAAACCGUCCUUCAUGAGAACAUCAUGAAAGAGCCCCCCAACGAGGAGUGUUUGGACACAGCCCUGGCCCUCCAGGACCAGAACAUUCUCUUCCGGUCCUUGAAAAUGGUAGACCUUUUCCCAGAAACCAGAGAUGCCGCCGAGGAGCCAGCCAUGAAUGGUGACACCAGUUGGGAAGAGAUUGGAGGCGCGGUGGGAGGAGUGGAGACCAGGCCAGGACCACACUGUUGUCUGCCAGCAGCCAACGGGCCAGUGAUGGAACUCAGUCAGGAGGAACGAGAUGCCCUGGCAAAAACCAAAGAAGGAAUGGACUUGGCCAAGUUUGGCGAGUGGGAAAGCAUGUUCAGCAAGGAGCACUCGGCCUCGGUUUUAACGGGUUCCUCGGGGAAGAGAGAAGACAAGGGUUUGACCGGGAAAGAGCAGUGUUCCGGUGAUGGUAGCACGCGUGAUGCAGAGGACUCGCCCGGAGGGAGAGAACCACAGGAAAGCCGGAAGCCCCAGGAUCUUCCUGUUGCCAUGGAGAUGACAGGACUUGCCCCCUGGCAGGAUGGUGUUCUGGAAAGACUGAAAACAGCCGUAGAUGCCAAAGACUACAACAUGUAUCUGGUACACAAUGGCCGCAUGCUCAUCCACUUCGGGCAGAUGCCUGCUUGUACGCCCAAGGAGAGAGACUUUGUUUACGGCAACCUCGAGGCUCAGGAAGUGAAAACGGUUUACACCUUCAAAAUUCCUGUGAGCUACUGCGGGAAGCGAGCCCGCCUGGGAGAUGCCAUGUUGAGGUGCAGGCCAAGUGAGCACAAGGCCGUGGACACUUCCGAUUUGGGCGUCUGUGUGGAGGACCUGCCCAAAUCCGAUCUCAUCAAGACCACCCUCCAGUGUGCUUUGGAAAGAGAGCUCAAAGGCCACGUCAUCUCUGAAUCCAGGAGCAUCGACGGGCUCUUUAUGGACCUUGCCACCCAAACGUACAACUUUGAGCCAGAGCAGUUUUCCUCAGAGACGGUGUUGGCUGAUGUCCUAGGCACUGCCCAGCCUGGGGGGCUGCACGUGGAGCUCCACAGUGAGUGCGUGACCCGGAGGCACAAUAAAAGCAGCUCAGCCUUCACUUUCACCUGCAACAAAUUCUUCCGGAGAGAUGAAUUUCCCCUGCACUUCAAGAACGUCCACACGGACAUUCAGUCGUGUCUCAAUGGCUGGUUCCAGCAUCGAUGCCCUCUCGCCUACUUGGGAUGUACAUUUGUCCAAAACCACUUCCGGCCCCCUGGACAAAAAGCAAAAGUGAUCUAUAGCCAGGAGCUGAAGACCUUUGCCAUCAAGCCAGAGGUGGCUCCGGAGCUGAGUGAGGGGUGGAAGAGCGACCCGCUCUCAGGCCAUGGUAGAAAAAGCCUGAAUUCCCUAACCAGCCUGCCGCUGGAGGUUUUGCAAUACAUUGCUGGGUUUCUGGACAGCAUCAGCCUAGCCCAGCUCUCCCAGGUGUCGGUGCUGAUGAGGAACAUCUGUGCCACUUUGUUGCAAGAGAGAGGGAUGGUCCUCUUGCAGUGGAAGAAGAAGAGAUAUUCUCACGGAGGCACCUCCUGGAAAGUCCACAGUCAGAUCUGGCAGUUCAGCAGCCUCUUCUCCAAAAUCAAGAGCUGGGAGUUUAAUGAAGUCACCUCCAUGUCUGAACACCUGAAAGCCUGUCCUUUCAACAUCGUGGAGCAUAAGACUGAACCAAUUCGUUUGACCAGCAUGUGUCAGCCCCAAGAGCAGGCCCGGGAGAGCUUGGUGUCCACGUUUAGGGCCCGACCACGGGGUAGACACACCUAAAUAUUUGCACAGCCCUGCUCCUGGCUUCUCAGGGUUAGUGAAAUUAGGACAGUACGGUUUGAGGACACGACACCCCUCAUAUCUGCUUCACUGGGUCUGAGAAUGUGUGAAGUCCUUCAGGCCUCAGCAACUACCCUAGGACACUCUUUUUCUGAGCUAUGGCUUGUAAGAUAGUGCCACAUUUUUGCCUUAUCUUAGUUCUUUCCUCUUUUCAUUUCCUAAAAUAGAUUGGUCUGGGAGAAAAUAAGUAACUUAAGGCCAUUUGAAAAAAAUGAACCCAAGUCCUUAGGUCAACUAAGAGAACCAGGAAAUUCUGUAACUAGCAUAGACUAGUGAUUCUACACUGAGCUAUCUAGUUUACAAACCACCUGCAAGUUUUUGGAGCAGGCACUGCAGAGAUAGAGUCUAAGGUACAGUGACCUCCCUGGGUAUCCCAGGUGGAGGGAACUCGUUUGGAAGGUUCUAGAGCGUGGUCUUCCCUGACAGUUAAGGGCUCUUUUAGCCCCCCUACAGCAUCAAAGCCCAGAUGCUUCCAACACAACCCAACAGAACGGACCACACUGGGUAAGCAUAGCAGUUUCAAGGCCAAAGCCAAACAGUCCGUUGUGUAGAGUCUUGGCAACACAAAGAAAGUAAGUCCUUAAAAGUGAAGGAAAGGUCAAAGAUCUCCAGGAACAAAGCAGCUCCUGGUUGAGAGCCACUGUCCUGAAGGUGGUUACACCAGCAACACCAAGCUAGGAUGUGCUCCCCUUUUAGUGUGACAAAUCAGAUCUCACAGAGCUAUUCAGUGGCCAUAAUUCAACGCGACUCUUACUUGUUUACAAAAAUGGCUUUUAAACAUGUGAUGAUGCUAAAUUGAGAACCAGAUGGAGCUGAUCUCCCCAAUAUGGUUUUGGGCCACCAGUGUAAGAAUAUAUCCUCCCUCCCUGGCCUCUUUGGGGAUACCUGAAACCAGGAAAGUAAUUUAUCUUAGAUUAAGUUACUCUUCCCUUAUUUGGCGCCAUUUCUCAGCAAUCUUAGAAGUUCUCAUGCUAAUGAAAAACAAGGAAAGGGAGGCAGGCAUCACUGGGAACCAGCCAGCUAAGAAUUCAAAUCAUGAAGGAGUCUUGCCAAUCUGUGAGCUGCUUGUCUGGGCAUCCGCCUCUCUGACCACGGUUCCCAGCUGGUGCAGACGAAGAAGCUGGUGUGGACAAAGAAGCUGGGGUGGAUGAAGAAGCUGGUGCGGACGAAGAAGCUGGUGAGGAUGAAGAAGCUGGUGCGGACGAAGAAGCUGGUAUGGAUGAAGAAGCUGGUGCGGAUGAAGAAGCUGGUAUGGAUGAAGAAGCUGGUGCAGACGAAGAAGCUGGUGCGGAUGAAGAAGCUGGUGCAGAAGAAGAAGAUGGUGCGGAUGAAGAAGCUGGUGCCUCUGCACGGCGUCUGGAAGGCAGCAGAGCGAGCCCUGACUGAAAGCAUGCUCACUUUUCACAUCUUCCUCUCACACUAUUGUUAACACCAUGUUAUGAUACCCCAUCUUUACAGCUUGGUUUGUAUUUCACCACGCUGUUUGUAUGUGUGUGUGUGACUUGUCAUUUUCUAAAACUGUAUCUAGAGUGUUCUCUAAGAUUUUGUUCAGUGAAGAGGAAUAACUUAAAAAAGCUAAACAAUGACAUAGGCUGAAAGAAAGUGAGUUCUUCAGGCCUCAGUUCUGACUUCUUCCCCCAGUGGAAUGGAGUUCUCAAAGCCCUCUCAGGGUUUCUUAUUAGAGAAAGAGAAAACUACAGACCACAGAAGCAAUCCCAGGACUCUAGUUACAUGGGCCAGGAGCUGCAGAGAGACAGGGAAGCCACAGGGCUCUGCCUCCAUAAGCCGCACUGCUGGGGGCAACCUGGCCGAGGAGACCCCCCCCCGCCCCCCCCCACCUGAUUGGGGUGUGGCUACUUAGUCACACUUUCCUCCAUCAAUUCCCAUCUCAGAGCAACCCUGAGAUGAUUGACAUCUUCAAACAUUUUAUAAGGGAACUCAUUGUUUAUGUUAAAGGAAACCAAGGUUUCCCCUGUGGUAUUCCCUGGUCCCUGGAGAUACGCUCACAUUGUGGGAGGGCAGCCAUGGCGAAAGGGACCUUCUCAGAGGCCCUGGGCUUGGUGAAUGAUUGGAUGGAGGAAACUGCAGAGAACAGUAUGAGCAGUGGGUCCCCUGUGACAGAAGCAAGGCAUUGCCAUGUGGCUUCAGUUUAAGCAGCAGAUGAGGAGGAUGAGGAUGGAUGUAUUGCAAGCACAGAGCCUAAACAGGAAGCCACCCAUGAGCGGGGCGCUUUGAUGACCAUCACCCUCAGGAAAGGCAACCUAGAGGUGGAAAGCCGCUGAAUGUGGAGCGGGAAGGAUAUAGAACUGAGCUGCAUCUGACCUCAGCAGCUUAGGGACUUGAGAAGGAAGCUUGCCUUACUAGGAAGGGUCAAAUGGGAAGCAAGGUAGGUUUAAAGCAACAACGUUGUACAAGUCUAACGUGUGUGUGAUGCCAAAUUCAACUGAAAUGGAGAACACAGCUUUAUGUAUCUAUGCUGACUUAUCUCUGCAUCAGCAACCCCAGCGUGCCUCUAAUGGGAAAUAAAAGUUGCUUUGCACUCUAAAA